GCACGAUUGUUAUCAGAGAAUACGCGGUGAUGGGUUGCUUUGGUCGUCCGCGAGAAAAGCGACUGUUUUACAACUCGGACUCAAUAUAAUAUAAAAAUAAUAUUAAAAAAUUAAAUAAAACAGUGCGCGAGUGAUUUUUUUAACGCAGUGUACCACCGUAUAUAGAUCUCCUAAAUAACUGAAUUUAGUAUCAAAUAAAAUUUAGUUAUCAUACUUGUAAACUAAGCCUUUUAUAUUUUUGGAAUAUUUAUGAUAACUUAAUAUCAUUUGAAAGAUUUUCACUAUAAUAUAAAGUUAAGCGAUUUAGUGCUGUGCUAAAAGGAUUUUAUGUUGUGAAGUAACUAACGAACUCACUAAGGGCAGUUCAAAAUUAGUUGGACCUACACCGACCAAAUUAAAAGCACGAUGGUGGUGAGCAAGAGGAGCCUGUGGCUGAUCGUGGGCGGCAUGCUGCUCGUGGGCGUGGGCGUACUGCUCAACGCCACGUGGGCGCUCAUAUUCCACGCAAAAAUUCAACAAAUGAUGAUCCUAAGAAACGGUUCCACAUCGUUCGACAUCUGGAAGGCGCUGCCGAUCCCCAUCUACAUGGAGUGCUUCCUGUUCAACAUCACCAACGUGGAGGACAUCCUGGCGGGGAAGAACGUCAGCAUCGAGCUCAAGGAAAUGGGGCCCUACGUGUUCCGGGAGAUAAACCAGAAAGUCAACAUAACCUGGAACCACAACGGCACGGUGACGUUCAGGAACCAGCGCUUCUGGUACUUCAAGCCGGAGUUGUCCAACGGAAGCUUGUCUGACAACAUCACUAGUAUCAACCCUAUUAUUGCGACGAUAGCGUACACCGUUCGCCACGAGCGCAUCAUGGUGAAGGUUUUCGUGGACAUGGUGCUGCGAAUGUACCAUAGGAGCAUGUUCGUGACGGCGCCCGCGCAGCACUGGCUGUUCGACGGCGUGCAAGACCCCGUGCUGGACAUGGUGGGGCGCAUCCCUGCGUUGCCUUACACCAUACCCUUCGACAGAUUUGGGUGGUUUUAUAAGAGAAAUGGUUCAAUAGACGCAGAUGGCGUGUUCACCAUCAACACGGGCAGUGAAGACUUCAGCAAGUUGGGCAAAAUGGAGCGGUGGCAGUACUCCAACAAGACGGUGUACCGGGAGCAGUGCGGGACGGUGCAGGGCUCGGCCGGCGAGCUGUGGAACUUGCAGAGGGACCAGCAGGAGAUUAGCAUAUAUGCUGCGGAUCUUUGCACGCAGAUGACGUUACCUUACUCCGGAAAAGUCAUGAAACAUGGUAUCGAAGGCGUAGAAUUUGCAGCCAACGAUUCUCUUUUCGACAACGGCCACAAAUAUCCCAAUCAGGCAUGCUUCUGCGAUGAGGUACGGGACAACAACUGCAUGCCGGCCGGCGCGUUCAACGUGUCGGCGUGCAAGUACGGCGCGCCCGCCUUCGUCAGCCUGCCGCACUUGCUGGGGAUGGACUCUUACUACCCCAGCAAGAUUAAAGGACUUAACCCUGAUCCGAAGCAUAACUUCAAGAUGUCCAUAGAGCCAGUGACCGGCAUGCCGCUGGCCAUCUCAGCCCAGCUGCAAGCCAACGCGUUGAUCAGACAUAUACCUGGCGUCAGUCUGAACAACCAGCUGCCGGACCCGGACGUCCUGCUGCCGAUGUUCUGGUUCCGGGAGGACAUCGAGGUGUCCGGGGAGUACGUCACCUUCGCCAAGGCAGCGCUUGGCGUGCGCUUCGGUCUGCCGUACGCCCUUUACGUUUCUAUUAUGAUCGGCCUGCUCCUCAUAGCGUGCGGAGUGUACAAAAUACGAAGGUUCGCGAUGCGUCAGCUAAAGGAAGCCGAUAAGGAGGCGUCUAAGAAGUUUUUAGGCAACCACGACAGAUAAUACUUGCUAAACCUAUUACUUAGGACCUAUGAGUAACUUCUUCAGAAGCCGAUGGAACAUGGUCCAUAUUUGCGCAUAAUAGUUCCUACUUACUAGCUCCGUUUCGGUGAAUAGGGGAGACCGGGGAUGAAAGUCACAUUUUAUUUAUUUUCCUUUUUUAGUAGGUAGGUUACUAUUAGUUUUAGUCGCGGAUUUUAAACGAUUGGAUACCUAGUCUAUUUAUCCUUGUUUCUAAAUAUAUAGGUACUUUGUCGCCAAUUGACUUCCGGUCUCCCCUACUUAUCAUCCACCCUUUUGUCCACUUAGUGAAAUUUUGCGAGUGUGGUACAGUAACGAUGUACCUAUUGUAUAAAUCACAAGUGUGAGUUUCGGAAUCACCUCUAUCUUUCUCAUUCUAUGGUAUCGUGUUAGACAGGGAGAGAUAGUGGUGAAUUCUAAAUUAGCGAGUUAAAAAAAUAUCGUUACAGACGAGGACUACAAUUCUGAUUUGUUCCACUAUGUGCUACGUGGUUCGCGCCGUGAAUUUGCACAUGCAGAUGGAGAGGGCUUUCAUCGCGAUUUCAAUAAAAAUGGACAUUGAUAGGCUAAUAUUGCUGCCAAUUCAGAUUCUUUCGCGUUCGCGCGCCGCGUGUUGUAUUCGUGACAAGAACCGUGAUUGUUCCACUCUCGCAAACCUUAGUCGCGGAGCAAAGAAACUGACUGAGAAUCGGUGAACAAAGUGUACAAAUUAUUAAGUAAAUAGAUAUCAUGUCGUCGAUCCAAUUUCUCCGAACACAGGGCAUGUUAUAAUAAUAACGUCUUAUUUAUUGAUUAUUAUAUUUAUUGCGUCUUAGUAACCUGACGCGCGACUUUGCGCCAAUGUGAAUGGAGCUUUAGAUCAAUAAAUAAAUAGAUAAAUCAAAGUCUGAGAUUUAGUAUAGAAUAAAGAUUCGUUCGUUAGAAACCUAUAUUCGUCUCACUGCUGAGCUCGAGUCUCCUCUCAGAAUGAGAAGGCAAAUAGUCCACUACGCUGGCCCAAUGCGGAUUGGCAGACUUCACACACAGAGAGAAUUAAUUUUCUCAGGUAUGCAGGUUUCCUCACGAUGUUUUUCCUUCACUGUUUGAGACACGUGAUAUUUAAUUUCUUAAAAAAGAAUAAACAUUAAAUGUAUAUAAUUUAUUUAAGCAUGUAAAGCCGUCGGUCCUGCGCUUCAUCUUCCGCCACCGUGUCAAUCUGCCGUCCCUUUUCCCGAGAGUGAGGGAGUGAGUCCACCUGUAUUUGCACACACACUUGUGCACUAUAUCUCCCGCGUACCAAAAAUGGCCGCUGUGGCCGAAAAUUCGUUUGGCAGGAUAUUAAAAAGUAGUUAUAGCUUGCAAACUUUAAGACGUUUCGGAACAUCAUGCGUUAAACUGCGCAAUGCGGUUUUAGGUAUCAGCGGUAAAGUAUGGGCGCGGUGGACAUCACCCCGCGCCUUCUUCCUACCCACCGUCGCCAUAAGCAUAGCAACACUACUUGUAGGUACAUAUGUUUUCUGUGGCAACACCGCAACUGAUUUCCGAGUCGUCAGAAAGAUUGCAUUCGACUAUAUCUACCCACCUUAUCAUCUGUGCAGAUAGGUACAUUGAAUGUGGAUUUGAUAUUAUGAUUCCCAACCUGUAUUAAUUACAGGUAUUCCGCAUUUUAGUAGUUCUUAAGUGUUUUUUUAAAUAUAAAUAGGUAGAUAUUAAAUAUUUUUGUAAAUAUUAACGGUAAGAUUAAAAAAUGUACAAAUAGGUAUAUUCGUUCCCGACUUUUUAUUAGUUAAGUUUUUAAAUAACAGGAAAAUUUGUUUGGAUCCUACAAUGUUUUAAAUGUUAAGGAGCCUUUUAUAAGAUGGACAGAUGUUAGUUGUCAUGAUGGUUUUGUAAAAGGUAGAAAGAAAAGAAAUAUCAUCAAAUGUAAGCGUUACAGAAAAUACCCUAGUCCCUACCCUAAUGACAGCAUGUCUGUCAAACCCUUAAAAGGUAAUGGUGUACAGCUCAACAUAUGCCGUGCAUACAUACAAGCAUUAUACACGGCGUUGAUUUGCACCAGAAACCCGCGUGACGUCACAGCUAAUAUAAAAAUAAAAAAAGAACUAGUAGACGCCGCGUGGUUCCCGUUCCCGUAGGAAUACGGGGAUAAAAUAUAGCGUUCCUCGAUAAAUGGGCUAUCUAACACUGAAAGAAUUUUUCAAAUCGGACCAAUAGUUCCUGAGCAUUCAAGCAAACAAUUAUAAACGCGAAAGUUCGUAUGGAUGUUUGGAUGUUUGUUACUCUUUAACGCCGCUACUACUGAACCGAAUUAGUUGAAAUUAAUUAAGAUAUAUUAUAGCAUGGAUUAACACAUAGGCUACUUUUAUCCCGGAAAAAUCCAUGGUUCCCGAGGGAUUAGUGAAAAACUAAAUUCCACGCGGACGAAGUCAGGCGUCCGCUACUAUUAUUAUAGAUUAAACUGAAUUAAAUUAAAAUAAAUAAUAAUAAUAAUAGUAUGUGAUAAGCCCUGUGCAGAUGUAAUUUGUUAUUCUGUAAUUAAUCUUAAAUGAAUGUUAUGAAAAUGCAA